AUGUCGUUGUUGAGAGACCCCUUUGUGACCGCUUGUGGGCACACAUUCUGCUGUUCAUGCCUCACUACCCAUCUGAACGCCCGCUCCACGUGCCCAAGCUGUGCGCAGUACCUGAUCAAGGACAGCACCUUCCCAAAUUUCAUGCUCAGCAAGGUGGUGGCAAGGGCAGCAGCAGCAGAGGAGAGGGAGAAGAAACCAGUGGCGCAGAAGAUGGUGGAGGAUAUCAGGGAGGAUCGCUGCAAGCUUAGCCUGCAGGAUGUUAACACGCUGCUGCAGUGCUUGUGGGAGAAGAGGGAAGCCAUGGAGCAGCAGGAGGCAGAAGCCAGCCUGCAGCUCCUGCUGCAGUUCUUGCACCAUGCGCGGGCGCGCAAGCGGCGGGUGGUGUCCCAGUUCGACGACCUGCAGAACUGCUACAUGAAGCUGCGGCGGGGCGAGUCGGGAUCAGAGGGGCAGAGGGAUGGAGCCAGCGAGGAGGGGGAUGCAGCGGAGGGGAUGCGGGAGAUGGUGGUGGGGGGAAAUGUGAACGCGCGCAAGCUGGAGCUGGUGCAGGCGGGGGAGGGCGCGGUGGGCCCUGUGCUGGCCCCGGACGGCCUCGCCGAGUUCUCGCGCAUGCUCUCCGUCUUCACCCACUGCUCCAAGCUCAAGGUGGUGGCGGAGCUGCCUCGGGCGAGCGCUCGGCAGCAGGCGGCGAUCCUGUCCAGCAUCGAGUUCGACCGCGACCGCGCCGUCUUUGCGACGGCGGGCGUGUCCAAGCGCAUCUCGCUGUUCGACUACGCCAACGUUCUGGCGCACCCCCACGUGCAGCAGCACUGCCCCGCCGCCGAACUCGUCACCCGCUCUAAGCUCUCCUGCCUCUCCUGGAACAAGUACGUGCGCAGCCACAUAAUAAGCAGCGACUACGAGGGCUGCGUGACGCUGUGGGACGUGGACACCCAGGCGACCGUGAAUGAGUACGAGGCGCACGACAAGCGCAUAUGGAGCGUCGACUACUCCACCGCAGACCCCCUCCUCUUCGUCUCCGGCUCCGACGAUGGUUUCAUCAAGGUCUGGUCGACAAACCAGGCGGCGGCAGCAGUAGCGAUAGACAUGCGCGCGAAUGUGUGCUGCGUCAAGUACAAUCCGGCCAGCGCGCAUGAGAUCGCGGUUGGCUCUGCCGACCACAGCGUGCACCUGUACGACCUGCGCAAUGUGUCCGCCCCCGUCCACGUCUUUGCUGGGCACAGGAAGGCGGUGUCGUAUGUGCGGUAUUUGAGCAGCACGGAGGUGGUCUCUGCCUCGACCGACAGCACGCUACGGCUGUGGAACACGCAGACGCUGUCGCAGACGCGGCGCUUCAGCGGCCACGUCAACGAGAAGAACUUUGUCGGCCUCUCUGUGGACUCUGAGUUCAUCGCCUGCGGCUCCGAGACGGAUGAGGUGUACGUGUACUACAGAGCGCUGGCAAAGCCCAUAGCGAAACGCGUGUUCUCCGGCCCUACUGCGAGCGGGCAGGCGUCGGAGGGGUCGCAGUUCAUCAGCGCUGUGUGCUGGAAGCCGCAGGCUCAGGUGCUGCUGGCAGCCAACAGCCAGGGCUGCAUCAAGCUCAUGCAGCUCACCUCCUGACUGCUGCCCUGCCUACGG